AUGUUCGGACGGACGAUCCUUCGCCAGGCACGCUUGCUCGUCGCUCCCUCGGUACCGCGGGGCUACGUUGCGCCGCUAGCUGCCAGGCACUUGCGGCCCGCGAGCAUGAGAUUAUACUCGACUACAGAGUCGGCGAAGACGGAGGAGCCCACGAAGGCGGAGGAGUCCGCGAAGGCCGCGGAGCAGCCGGAGGUGUCGAAAUUCUCCGAGGAGCUCGAGAAGGCGCUGAAGGAGCUGGAAGGGAAGAAGGUUGAGGCGAGGGACUACAAGGACAAAUUCACGCGUGCCGUCGCCGACUUCCGCAACCUGCAGGACCGCACCGAGCGCGAGAAGAAGUCGGCCAAGGACUUUGCGAUCCAGAAGUUUGCCAAGGACCUGGUCGAGUCUGUCGACAACCUCGACCGUGCGCUGAAAGCGGUUCCCGAGAGUGCGCGCUCCGACCCGGCGAACAAUAAGGAUCUGGUCGACUUUUACAACGGAUUGAAGAUGACCGAGGAGAUCCUGCUGAAUACCCUCAAGAAACACGGGCUGGAGAAGGUGGAUCCCAUCGGAGAGGUCUUUGACCCCAACAAGCACGAGGCUACGUUCCAGGUUCCCAUGGCCGAUAAGGAACCCAACACUGUGUUCCAUGUGCAGCAGACGGGUUUCAUGCUCAAUGGACGGACGAUACGGGUGAGUUUCGUCAUUCCCGCGCGUCAUGGGAGAUCACCUGCUAACCAGCCACGACACAAUAGGCGGCAAAGGUCGGUGUUGUAG